AGAAAGAAGAACUAAAUGGAGUAACUUAUUUGAAAGAAAAAAUGGCUCUAUCUUGCCCACCAACCCUCCUCUCCGGCCAUCGCCGGAAUCCAUCGACGGCUGCCAGAAUACUCUCAAUUUCCGAUCUUUCCGCUGCUUCACCUCCGAGGAAGCCUCAGCUCCACUCCAAGCUAGCUUUAAAACAGCCCCCACUCUCAUCGAUCUUCACUAAACCCUCCAAACCGCACCAGCCCAAAUUGGCCAACACCACAGUGAAAUCCCUUUUCACUGGAAUUGUGGAAGAAAUGGGCACAAUCAAGCACCUGGGUUUCGACCAACCCGACAGUUUCACCAUGAAAAUCCAAGCAAAAACCGUUCUUGAAGGCGUGCACUUGGGCGACAGCAUCGCGGUCAACGGAACCUGCCUAACGGUGACCGAAUUCGACACCGUUUCGUCCGAAUUCUCGGUUGGGUUGGCGCCGGAGACGCUGCGGAAGACCUCUCUGGGCGAAUUGGAGAGUGGGUCUUUGGUCAAUUUGGAGAGGGCGCUGAGCCCUAGCACCAGAAUGGGGGGACAUUUUGUGCAGGGGCACGUCGAUGGGACCGGAGAAAUCGUGGAGUUGAGGCCGGAGGGAGACUCACUGUGGGUGAAAGUGAAGGUUGGGAGGGAGAUUUUGAGGUACAUUGUGCCUAAGGGGUUUAUUGCUGUGGAUGGGACAAGUUUGACUGUGGUGGAUGUGUUUGAUGAUGAAGGGUGUUUCAAUUUCAUGUUGGUGGCUUACACACAGCAGAAAGUUGUGAUUGCUUUGAAGAAAGUUGGGCAGAAGGUGAAUUUGGAGGUUGAUAUUUUGGGGAAGUAUGUGGAGAGACUGCUUGGGAGCGGAUUUGCGGAUUCAUUCAAAUCAUCUUGAAGUCCAAAACCACCCUGUCCGAGCUUGUUUUCUAUGGAAAAGGAAAAACUGAAAAUUGGCAACUCAUAUCUGUCAUUUUUAUCUUCUCCAUGAGUAAUACCAACUUGGGCUACGUUCUUAUAUUCCGCUCCAUU